ACAAGGAGGACCAACUUUCUUGUUCAGUAGUUAUGAAGACUUCAGCUGGACUAGUAUAUCUUCUUGCAUGUCUGUUAGAACCUUUUAUGCCAUCCUUUUCCAUUGAGGUAUUUAAGCAGCUCAAUUUGCCUCCUGAAAUGCAAGUUUUGCUUUCUGAUGAAAAUGGAGAUAUUGAAAGGGCAAAGAGACCCUGGGAGUUUCUACCUGCUGGUCACAAAAUUGGAAUACCAGAGCCAUUGUUUAAGGAACUGAAAGAUGAAGAAGUGGAGUUCUUUAGGCAGAAGUUUCUAACCAUUUUCUAUGUUUCCCUAGCAACUAACAUGGAAGUAUUUAAGCAGCUCAAUUUGCCUCCUGAAAUACAAGUUCUGGUUCUGAUGAAAAUGGAGAUAUUGAAAGGGCAAAGAGACGCUGCGGGUUUCUACCUGCUGAAAGAUGAAGAAGUGGAGUUCUUUAGGCAGAAGUUUCUAACCUUUUUCUAUGUUUCCCUAGCAACUAACAUGGAAGUGUACAAAUUGUGGUGGACAUAUGGUCCCCCACCUGCUUCUUGA